AUGCUCGAGGCCCCGACUUCUCCCCAGCACCCCUCAGCCCGACCCGACAGGGGCGUAGACAAAACGCAGGCGGCGAGAGACUUCAACUCGUGGCUCCGGGUAUGCCCUGAAGAUACCCUCAUCGUCUACACUGACGGCUCGCAGAGCGAAGACGGCGCCUGCGGGUAUGGGUACUCAGUGUGGCUAGGCCCUAGCGAAGUGACCUAUGGCAGCGGUCGGGUCCUACUCGCUGAGGUCUACGACGCAGAGGUGGAAGGCGCCCUCGAGGGGCUUCGAGCGGCACUCACGUGGUCCCCCAGGACCCCGGACCAGCAGUGCCGGAUAGUCGUCUGCCUUGAUAACUCUGCGGCUAUAAGAGCCAUACGAGGCAGCCCAUCGAUCUCGUCGCAAGCGGCGGCGGAGAAGUUCGCUGAGGCCGCGGCUCGGCACGGAGACGUCAGGACGCGCUGGUGCCCCGGCCAUACGGGGAUCGCCGGCAACGAGCGGGCCGACCAGCUAGCAAAGGAGGGCUGCCGGGCCUCGGCCGGACAGGCCGCCGACGUACGCGAACAUCAAGAGACAGGCCAAGGCUGCGGCCAGGCGCGACUUCCAGGACUGGUGGGCCGCGGGGCCCUGAGCAGCUACAAGAGCCUAGGGCUCAAGGCCUCGCUCGGUGCCCCCGGCUGCACACCAAACGACAGCACCUCCAUCACCUGCUCGCUGCGAGGAGCGGGCACGGGGACUUCGCCGACUACCACGAGAGGUUUAACCACGAAGAGGCCCGGAUCGAAUGCUCCUGCGGGGGGGAAAAACCACGACACACCCCCUCUACUGGCCGAAGGUAAGUACUCGACACCGCCUAAGGCUAGCCCCACGGCGGGCAAGGCUAUCAACCAGGCACUAGGAAGGGAUUUGACCGGUUCCUCGGGCUAG